ACUGUAUCACCUCUCGUUCAGUCUGUCAUCACCCCCUGUCGUCCAGCAUCGUCUUCCAGAAUGGCCGACUCAGAUCUUGAAGGGAAAGAUAUAACGCGUCGUUCCCGCCCAAUCGUCAUUGCCCUGAUAGCGGGAGCCCUUAUCAUUGGCCUCGGUCUGGCCUUCGGACUGGGAUUUGGUCUGAGGUCCUUUCAUCACGAUGCGCCACAGCUAGUGGAGACGAGCACCAAAUCUUCCGUACAACAACCGCCAAAGUCGAAGAGAGGCUACUACAGAUUUGCCUCUGUCACUUCUGAUGCUAAAAUAUGCUCGGAUAUCGGAACCAAGAUCCUGGCAGUGCAUCGAGGGUCGGCCGUGGACGCCGCUAUCGCCACCAUGGUGUGUAUAGGCGUCGUUCAACGGCAGAGCUGCGGCAUCGGCGGGGGCUUUUUUAUGACCUUCUACAACAGGUCCACGAGAGCGGUUGAAGUCCUGGAUGCCCGCGAGAGGGCGCCACUUGUAGCCAACGAGAGUUUCUAUAUUGGGAAAGUCAAGGGAGCCUCUGUAUUGGGGGGGUUGGCGAUCGGCGUUCCGGGGGACGUGAUGGGACACUGGGAGGCUCACCAGAGGUUCGGCCGCGUGCCGUGGAGGGAGCUGUUCCAGCCAACCAUUGACCUCUGCAGGAACGGCGUCCCCAUCCUCGAGCCAAUCCAUCGCGCCAUCACACUAUAUGCAGAGGUCCUGAAGAAUAUGUCUUACACGAUGUACUUCGACAACGUGACGGGCGAGGCUGUGAAGGUUGGGGACAGGGUGAAGUACCACGCUCUCGCGGACACCCUGGAGAGGAUUGCGGAGAAAGGGGCACCUGUCUACUACAACGGCUCCCUGACUGACGACAUCGUGGCAGACAUCAGCGAGCACGGCGGGGUCAUCACUCGGGAGGACCUGAACCUCUACACGGCCACGUGGAGGACGCCCGUCAACGUCACCCUCAGGGACAACCUCACCGUCCACUCCAUGCCACCUCCCGGCAGCGGGGCGGUAUUCGAGUACAUGCUCAACAUCCUGGAUGGUUACGGCUUCACGCCCGACAGUCUGUCGACCAAUGAGAAGAGCGUAUUGACGUAUCACCGGAUCGUGGAAGCCAUGAAAUUUGCCUACGCCAAGAGGACGGAUCUGGGGGACGAGGACUUUGUCGACGUGGCAGAGCUGGUUAGAAAUAUGACGUCGCUUGACUUUGGCGACUACAUCCGAGGCAGUAUCACAGACAGCGUCACGCAUGACACCGACUAUUACGGGGCGACGUUCUACGACCAGACAAAGACGGGGACGUCCAACGCCUGCAUCAUCGACGCCGAGGGCAACGCUGUUACCAUAACGGCCACGAUAAAUACAUUUUUUGGUUCCAAAAUUCGCGGACGUAGAACCGGGAUUACCUUCAAUAAUGAAAUGGACGACUUCUCAACACCAGGCAUCAUCAAUCAAUUCGGCGUCCCUGCCUCUGAAGCCAACUUCAUCAAACCCAGGAAACGCCCCCAGUCCUCUAUGUGCCCGUCAAUCAUCGUCAACCAGACUUCCGGUGAUGUUGUCAUGACGAUAGGUGCUUCCGGUGGAACCAGAAUCACCACAUCAGUGGCUUUAGUGGCGAUGUUUGCCUUGAGGAUGGGGGUGCCGAUAGCAGAUGCAGUUGAUCACAAGCGUCUACAUCACCAGUUAUUGCCGAAGCAAAUACGUAUUGAGAGAGGUUUUUCUCAGGAUAUCAUAGACGGGUUAAAGGCCAAAGGUCAUGAAAUAGACAUGAACACGGCUGCGUCAGUAGUGUCGGCGAUCCACGUGACGGGGGGACUGCUUCACGCCGUCGCCGAUGUCAGGAAAGGGGGAGAACCAGCAGGGUAUUAACGGCAUCGUCAUUGGAAACGUGCAUGUUGGCGACAUCGUUGUUGGAGACAUUCAUGUUGGCGACAUCGCCAUUGAGACGUUCAUAUUGGUGACAUCGUCAUUUGGACGUGCAUGUUGAUGACAUUGUUGUUGGAGACGUGCAUGUUGGUGACACCGUUGUUGGAGACGUGUAUGUUGGUGACACCGUUGUUGGAGACGUGCAUGUUGGUGACAUCGUUGUUGGAGACGUGCAUGUUGGUGACAUCGUUGUUUGAGACGUGCAUGUUGGUGACAUUGUUGUUGGAGACGUGCAUGUUGGUGACAUUUAUUCACAGUUCUACUCCGCGACUAUUAAUGCCGAUCCUUCACUAUAAAACAACAAACCACCGAGUAAAUUAAUAAAUGGAAAAUAAUGUCUAUCUCAUAGUUUCAACAUUCUUUUGACUUCUCUAAAUCAUUUACAUCUUCGCGUUUAACAGUGAACAUCGAAUCUAUAGUUUUGUAUUUUGUCAAUUCAUCUAUUCUAGACCAGUAUAACAAAAUCACGGGACACUAGUCCCGAUUAAUCAGCUACUUGAUGGUAUGAGGACAAGUAUAACCUCUCAGUAUGACUGCACCUUCAGAUGUUCAGUUGCAUCUGCGCCAAAACAUUUGUUAAUUAAAGGGUAUACCCUUUAGUGCCAAUUUAUCUCACACGACAGUGAAAGUUGUGAACUGGAAAUAUGUCUGUGGUUAAAUUCAUAUGCAUAUGUAAAGACGUGAUAAAGUAUUUCACAUUUGUGUAUCUGUU